AUGUACCAACCUACUUCUCAAUCGUCUGGCCCGCCCAACGAUCAGCACAAGUAUUACCCUCCUCCACCUACAUUUAAUAAUAACAACACAUAUGGCGAUCAAGCGCAUAUCGAAUAUGGCCAACAGCAGCAAUCUUACAGCCAACAACCACCCAAUUACGGCGUUCCUCCUCCACCUCUCGACCAGCAGCAACAGCCAUACACUGAAGGCGAAAAGAUAAAGCCUUCCAAGGGUUGGAACGAUGUCUGGGCAAUCAUACUCUGGCUAUGUAAUUUGGGUGCUUUCAUUGCUUUGGCUGUCAUUGCAUUGAGUACAUAUACAAAUCACAAAGGAUCCUACAAUGGCGUGCAAUCCGAAAAUGCCUAUCCAGGCUUAACAUUCGACACGUCCACCUUGAUGAUAUAUGGCUUCUCGGCCAUUAUAGGGUUUGGCAUCAGUUUCCUGUAUUUGAUCUUGGCCAACUUGUUCCCCAAGCCAUUGAUCGUUGCGACAUUUAUUGGAUCUAUCAUUGUGUACUUUGGCGUCACCAUCUACUACUUUGUCGAGCACUACUACUCUGCCGCCAUCGUGUUCUUGAUCUUUUCAUGUCUGUAUGUGGCCUGUUUCUUUUGGUGGAGGAGCAGAAUUCCGUUUGCUACGGUCAUGCUACAGACAAUCACUAAAAUCACCAAAAGCCACCCUUCCACUAUCAUCAUUGGCAUCAUCUCGCUCAUCAUUCAGACAGCUUUCAGUUUCCUGUUCAUGUUCACCACCAUUGGCAUCUAUCAAGCUUGGUACAGCUCAGCCAGCAACAAUUCCCAGCUGAAUUGCGCCAUGGUAUUUCUGGUGUUUAGCUUUUACUGGACAUCCCAAGUGAUCACCUAUGUCACCCAUGUUACAAUAGCAGGUAUCUUUGCUACAGUGUACUUUUUAAACGAUGGUGUCCGUCAUCCUGUUUGGGGAAGUGCUAAGCGUGCAUUGACCACCAGCUUCGGCUCUAUUUGCUUUGGUGCUCUCCUCAUUGCCAUCAUCAACUUGGUCCGGUACUUUUUGUCCAUCGCAAGGGCUAAUACAGACAAUGCGUGCAUGGCAUUCUUCAUUUGCAUUAUCCAGUGUAUCGUGAAUUGUGCAGCUGGUUUGUUUGAAUGGUUUAAUUACUAUGCAUUCAGCGGGGUGGCCAUCUACGGCAAAGCAUUUGUGCCCACUGCGAGACAGACUUGGACCAUGAUCAAAGACCGUGGCAUUGAAGCCAUGAUCAAUGACAACUUGAUUGGUAAUGUAUUGUUUAUGGGCGGUUUGUUGGUGGGUGUGCUCUGUAGUCUGUUGGGCUAUAUCUACCUCAUCGUAUCAAACCCUCCGUACAAUCGUGAUGGUGGUAUGACGCCUGUCGUCAUUAUGAUAUGCUUCUUGGUUGGCGCCUCCAUGUUCUCCACUAUUGCAACUGUGAUUUCGAGUGGUGUAGCAACCACCUUUGUUUGUCUUGCUGAAGAUCCGGAAGCUCUGAGAAGAUCACAACCAGAGUUGUACGAAAAGAUUCGUGAAACAUGGCCUCGCAUUGCUCAAGGUGUAUAA